CAGUUGUUAUGACUAAGCACGUUAUAGUUAUUAUAACUAAGGAUGUAAUAGUUGUACCACUUGGAGAAACGGUUAUAUUACCAAUGAACGUUUUAGCGUAUCCACUUCCGGUAUUCACCUGGUAUUAUCACCAACACGAUGGCAGUAACCAACCAGUUACCACAGUAACAGGUGCAAGAAGUAAACAAAAAGACGAUGGUCUAUCAUCAACAUUAACUAUACACAAAAUUAGAUACGAAGAUGGGGGCAUUUAUACAGUUAAUAUUACCAAUAGUCAGGGUGUCACCUCCAAGACGUACACACUAUCUGUGAUCUCUAACGAAGACGCAGUAAAGGAAGCUGUCGAUGACAAGCUAAGAAUUGGUAUAGCUAUAGGUUUUGGUAAUGGUCUGGUUGUUUCCGGUAUGUUAUUUGUUAUUAUAUGGUGUAUCAAGAAGAGAAGAGAUGCCAUCAAGUCUAAUGAUAGAAAUGGUGUAAAUGACACAGUCAGCCCCCAGUCUAGAGAUAAUACCAUCAGACAUAGUUCUGUAGAUACGGGGGAUUCGGGAGAAUGUGAAAAUGGUGUUAAUGGUACAGUAGGCUCCCAGUCUAGCAAUAUUACCACCAGACCUUGGAAUAGUCCUGUAGACACUGAUGAUUCGGGAGAAUAUGUAAACACGCGACGUGAGUCUCGUUCUAGCUAUAAUACCACCAGACCUUGGAAUAGUCCUGUAGACACUGGUGAUUCUGGAGAACAUGUCAAGUCACGACGUGACUCUCGUUCUAGCAAUAUUACCACCAGACCUUGGAAUAGUCCUGUAGACACUGGUGAUUCUGGAGUAUAUGUAAACACCACUCGACGUGACUCUCGUUCUAGCAAUAUUACCACCAGACCUUGGAAUAGUUCUGUAGACACGGGUGAUUCUGGGGCACGACUAAACUCACGACGGGACUCUCGUACGUCAUUCUGCGAAGUAUUGGGUGAACUCACUAAGAAGCACCAAUCAAAUAUUUAUCUACCAAUGUCGGACCAGAGACAGGGUCGCUGAGUCUUUAUCUCAAUACACACAGCCACACCGUCAAAAUUACAAAAUUACGAAAAGACUGGAUGAUCAAACUAUCGACAAACAACAAACCCUUCGGACCCUCUUCAAAUAAAGAAUGCAAACAUGGAUAUCAGCAAUCAAUUAAAUCGCUUCUAUUUACAUUUAUGCUAACGUUUGGCGGCUUUUGUGUAGAAGUUUUUACCACAAGAGUUCCACAAGACAUUGGACUUGUAUAUAUAAAUGAAGCAGUUCGACUUUGACUUAGAAUAAUUUUGACGGGGUGUUUUGGCUCCGUAUCACAUCUUUAAAAUAAUGGAGAAACGUAUGAACUUUAAAAACAGAAAUAUGCUUAUAAUUGUAUAUACAGCUCUGCAUGUUUAUAUCAUCAAGCUUAUGCGAUGAUCAGCAAAGUUACUGAUUAUUUGUCAAUAACAAGUUGAAAUUUCAAAGUUAAAUGCCAGCAGCAGAGUAGCAUAACUUUUUAUUUCAUUUCACAAAAGAUGGUGUAGUUUACCAAGAAACAUAAACAAAUGGGAGAAAACAUUAAGUAUUGGAUGUGGAUGCACAAGUUUCAGGUCAAGUUUAUCCCCCCCCCACCAUUUUUGAUUUUUGAAAUAUGCGGUUGUUUUCAGAACAAAAUAUAUAUCUAAUAAAAUAUACUUGUUGAAUUAUUUUAUAACUGGUUCUGUUAUUAAUAACUAUUUAUAGCAAGUUUAUAAAAUAAACUUGUAGUUUUGUUAAAUAUAACUAUAUUUUAUUGCGGGAAUAUUAUUCUAUAACUACAGUGGUUUGUUAUAUCAGUAGAAUAUUAUUCUAUAAC